AUGGCCGCUCCACAACAAACCACAACACCACUCUCAGCACCCGAAGUCAUUCCGGGCACGCGACGUCUCUACGAUGAGAACGGCAACAACUUACCGGGCGACGCCUCGCUCCUGAAGCAUGGCGAUAUCGUCCUCGUCCCCCAGCCCACCGAGAGCCCCAACGACCCCCUGCGGUGGUCGCUGGCCCGCAAGAUCUGGCACUCGUUUCUGGUGCUCUACACUGUCGGCCUCACCGCCGCCACCUCCAACAACGCCGGCUCCGGCGCCGACGGCGUGAAUGAGGAAUACGGCAUCAGCUACGACGCCUUCAACACCGGCGCCGGCGUGCUUUUCAUUGCGAUUGGGUACUGGACCCUGCUGAGCUCGCCGCUGGUGCACUUGUACGGGCGCCGGCUGGGGUAUCUCAUAUCCAUGGUUGUCAACAUCGGUGGUCUCAUCUGGUAUGCUCGCAUCACCAAUGUUGGCGGCGUGGUUUGGUCGCAGCUUUUUGUUGGUGCUGCUGAGUCUGUUGGUGAGGCGACUGUGCAGUUGUCGCUUCUCGAUAUCUGGUUUGAGCACCAGACGGGUAGUGUGCUCGGUAUUUACACCUUUGCCACUGCCAUUGGAACAUACCUUGGGCCCCUCAUUGGCGCAUAUGUGUCAAGCGGUCUGGGCUGGCGAUGGAUCGGCUACGUGGGCGCCCUCAUCUGCGGCGGCAGUCUCAUUGUCAUCUUUUUUGGUCUCGAGGAGACGGAGUUCAACCGCGACCGCUACCUCACCGGCAACGGCGAACGCUAUCCCGUAGAUGACGGAACCUCAGCAGCCGCCGCCGCCGCGAUGCCAGAGAAGACCUCGGCACGGGCAUCGGCCAGAAAUUCCGCCAGCAUCGAAAGAGACCCCAACUCGGACCAGAACGCCGGCUCCGUCGCCAGCGCCGAGAAGCAGCAGCAGGGCCCCCAUCUCGCCGAGACGAUGACGGGCACCGACCACGGAUCCAUGGUUUCGAGCACCGCGCGCGAUCGCGCGGCCUUCUCCUACUCCCGCCGCAAGACGUACUGGGAUCGUAUCCGCAUCAUCACGCCGGCGCCGAACCUCCGCGGCACGGGCUUCAAGCAGUACCUUUUCCGCCUCUGGCACACCCUCCGCGUCUUCACCUUUCCGGCGGUAUGGUACGCGGGGCUCCAAUGGGGUCUCCAGAACAUUUGCCUGACGUUCUACCUGACCGUGCAGGAGGACUCGUGGUACGGCCCGCCUUGGAACUACUCCCAGGCCGCCGUGGGUAACAUGAACCUGCCGACACUGAUUGGGAGUCUGAUUGGGUGCAUCUACGGCGGGUACGGGAGCGACCAGUUCAUGUUGUGGAUGAUCAAGCGGAACAAGGGCGUCAUGGAAUCCGAGUUCCGGUUGUAUUUGAUGGCGCUGUGCACACUGGUUUUCCCGACGGGUAUGUGGCUCUUUGGGAUCGGGAGCGCGCGGGGCUGGGACUGGCCCGUUCCGUACGUCGGGUUGGGCUUCAUCGGGUUCGGGUACGGUUGUGCAGGAGACCUGAGCUUGGCUUAUCUCGCCGAUUCUUUCCCUGAGAUGGUAUUGGAAGGCAUGGUCGGCGUUGCCGUCAUCAACAAUACGAUUGCCAUGCUCUUCACCUUUGUGGCGAGCUACUGGCUCGAUUCCGGCAUGGAGAACUGCUUCAUCGCCCUCGGGGUCCUUAGCUUCGUCAUUAUGGGGCUGAGCCUGCCGAUGAUCAUGUUCGGCAAGAGGUCGCGUCGUUGGGCCAAGGAUAGAUACAUGCGGUUCAUUGACAUCCGUGACGGAUUUUCCAAGUAA